AUGUCAGUCAGACAAUUAGAAGAGCACAUGAUAUUUGACUUCGACACUAUCAAAGCUCAAUCCCAACCACCACUCACAGACCCUGAAUCCCUCGCUUGCAAAAACUCUAAGUCCCCCAGCGCUGAGCGAAAAAGGCCUGUGAAUCACCAGUUCAGCCCGAAAACCGUCACAGGCCCCAUAAAGAGCCUUUGUCUACCACGCUUGCAUAGACUUGACGAUAUUACAUCGGUCCUGAUUGUUCGACACGAGUCCCCGUGGGACACCUAUCAGCAAGCCAUCUCAUACGACAUCGCAGGCGAUGUGAUUAUUGCCUGUCGUCGCACCCGCCCAUCUCGUGUGGUGGCUAUCAGGAAAUACCAAAGGCAAGAUACUCGCAGCUUGCUUGAUAGAUUCGGGCGACUGGAACACGUCAAUAUCCUUUCGUUCUAUGAAUGUUACAUCGAUGGGGAUUCCGCGUUCUUCUUAGUUGCCGACCUACCGCUGACUCUCGCGCAUGUCGUUGAUUGCUCGGACUUGUAUCCUAGUGAGGCGGAACUGGGAUCGAUCAUGUGUCAGAUUCUCGAUGGCAUGUGCUAUCUAGCUACUUUUCGCCUUGUUCAUCAGUCUUUGGUCUGUUCCAACAUACUACUCGGGCUUAAUGGGGUCAUCAAAAUUGCUGGCCCGGAACAUUGCGUGGACUGCGUAACAAGUCAGUCCGAAGCCGCAUGUAUCGCCGCCAUACCGCCAAUCAUGAUCCAGCUCAUGCAGAAGUGUGACAAAGGGGAUGGCGCUAUUGGUGUCGACGACCUAGAACGCUGGCCAAUUGAGUCCGCCGCCGUAGACUUCUUGUCCGCUUCUGGAGCGACAGCAUCGAUGGAUGUUUUGAAAAUGCACCCGUUGAUCACAGCCCGACACCGUCCUGCUGCUGAUCUCGUGUUACUUGCAAGAGCGGCUGUACUUUCGACUCGGGUGAAUUGCACGUACCACCGUGAACAGAAGUUGAUUUAUUUGAUGGUAGGUAUUCAAUCUUAG